UGUAAGGAAGAUACAUACUAGAUUCUAUCUUACUUUGUUUAUGUGACAUUAGAGUUUCCUAGUUGAUACGAUGGAUCCUAUUCAGCAAGGAAGGCAAGCAGAAAAUGCAAAAUGGAAGGGCAAGGCCAUAGCAGAAGUUAAAGGAGGCAAAGCAGAACAAGUAUGGCCUCUUUUGGAGGACUUCUUUGGCCUUGACAAGUGGUUCCCCAAUAUCUCAACAUGCAUUCCCGUUGAGGGCAUUUCUGGCAAACCAGGGUGCGUGCGUUUCUGCGCUGGUUUCAAGACCCCUGUGGAUGACCCUGCCAAACACACCCUUAAUUGGACCAAGCAAAAACUAUUAUCCAUUGACCCUGCUCACUGGACACUUACCUACUCAAUUGUCGAGGGAAAUGUUGGCUUUUACUCAUACGUUUCAACUUGGACGGUGUUGCCAAAGGAUGAGGACGAGGGCUGUCAGAUUGAGUGGCUUUAUGAAGUUGAACCAGUUCAUGGCUGGAAACUGGAAUACCUUGAUUCCUUCUUGAGCAGUGGCUUGCAAGUCAUGGCUCAGAGGAUUCAAGCAGCUUUGAAAACCAUGGAAGAGGCUCUCAGGGCACAAAAGUAAUGCACACUCCAAUACUACAAUAAACACUCCUUUCAUCCUCUUUCUCCAUGUCAAUUCUUAUUAUUUAUUAUAUAUAUCUUCUUCCUAUCUCGUAUUCUGAGUCUGUCAAGAUAAGAGAAAAAAAAAUAUAUCAGCACUUAUCGAAACUUUUUUUCUCCAGGAUUGUGUAUUUUUAUGUAGGGUUUGUUUAGAUAAGUUUAUCUAUAAGUGUUUAUGAUAAGAAACUUCUCAUAUGUUAUCUUAUGUUCAAUAACUACUUCUAUAGUUCUAUUGAUGUAUUUGGAAAUUUCAGUGUAUCAUUAGUUAUUUGUACCAGGAAAACUAAAGGUAUGUUAGGAAUUAUGCUAUUGUAUUUGUGUUGUUGCAAUUAAAUAAGAAUUUCAAAGUGUGUUUAUGCCAUUGAUAUA